GGCAGGAAUAAAAAGAGGAAGCAGAGAGGGAGGACAGUGAGAAGAGAAGAGAAGCAGAGACAGUCGCUGUUGCUCAAAGAUGGAUCUAGAUUUUCUUCACGCCCUGGAGAGAGAGAGAGUCCUGGAUGUCCUGCGGAGAGACAAACAGCUGCGUAUCAUAGAGGAGGACAGAAUCAGGAGAAUGAAAUAUGAGCUCCAGGAGCUACGAAGAAGAGGCGCCAAGAGUUUCACGCGGCAGUACGGCGAGCGGACCUGCGCCCGCUGCCAGAGGCCUCUGGGAAAGUUCUGGAACUCGGGUGACGUCUGCCACGGCUGCAGUCACCGCAUCUGCAGCAGGUGUCGUGUGGGAGUGGGAGCGGUUGACUGGACGUGCACAGUUUGUCACGCCUACAGCGAGGUGAAGAUCAGGUCUGGAGAUUGGUUCCUGGAGGAAAAGUUAAAGAAGUUUCCCGCCACCACAGACAAAUAUGAAACAAUCGGGGAGAAGCUGUUGAAGACCUACAAUGUCCUGAGUCACAUAUCAGUGGUGCCGCCCACUCCUCCACCACAUCUGGAUCAACAGUUUCUGUGCAGAUCAGGGAGUUUGAAUAACUCAAAACCUUUUACCAAAUCUGUUGAGGAUCUAAUGGUUUCCUUCACGAGUCACAUGAAAAAGAUUUCAACUUCUCAAAACGACGUGCAGGGAGACAGGCUGUUCGUCAACAACGGCCGCAAAGCGUCGUGCUUCACCUUAAGCACUCAAAAGAGUCUGUCUGACACCGAAAUCAACAAAUCCAUUCAUCUGUUCAAAGUCCCAAGUCUCCCAAACCUGUUCAAGAAAAGCAAAGACAGCGACCAGGAAGGGUCGUCUACCGGGGCAGAGGAAGAAACCUCCUUCGGUUCCGAGUACUCUGGAGGAAAGAGAGGCAGCAGCAGCAGCGUCGGCACCGACUGCGGCCUCUUCGAGAGCAUCGGCGUGGCCGGAGAGCUGGAGCUGUCUCUGACCUACAACUCCAAUGCCUCCUGUCUGGAGAUCACGGUUGGCGCCUGCAGAAAUCUCUCAUAUGGAGACAUGAAGAAGAAGAGAUGUCACCCAUACGUCAAAGUCUACGUGCUGCCGGAGAAGAGCGGCAAAAUGAAGACGACGGUGAAGAAAAACACAACUGAUCCUGUUUAUAACGAGGUUUUAAAGUAUCACAUAGAGCGCCACCUGCUGUUUGGAAAGAGACUGCAGGCCACCGUGUUGCAUUCAGGAACCCUGAGAAGGAAGGUGUUUCUGGGUGAAGUUCUUAUUCCACUGGACGGCUGGACAUGCGAGGAUAUAUCCUCCCAGAGCUUCAACUGGUACCCACUGUGUCACAAGGCUGAGAGUCCAGAUGGUGGCGCUAUGGAGCAGGACAGAUGAGACCUGCUGGUCAGAGUCAUGUUCACCUCCAACAAGUGAGUAA